UAUUUUAAAUAUUAAAGACAAAAUUAAUUUAGGGUGCGGAAUUUGUGAAGAUGAUGAAAUCUCUGGUUAACCCUAAUUUCCCAACAAUGGCUGCUCUUUUUCACUCCACUCCUUUUCUCACCUUCAAGAAGCGCGUCAGCUGGCCUGAUAAAGUAAAUCAAAAUCAUAGGUGGGCUCGAAGGCCGACAUUUAAACCGGUUUGCAAAAUAUCCGAAAUUUCUCCGGGACUUAUCGUCGGAAAGUUGAAUGAUGAUAAGCAAACAGCAUGGCAUUGGAGAGCUGAGGAUCGAAAAAGUCAAAGUCAAGAUCACUCGAAAAAGUACGAGAAUAAAUCCUCAUUCAAAGAAAGAAGUCAAGAUUACUCGAAAAAUAACGAGAAUGCAUCCUCAAACAUAAAGACUUGUGACCGAUCAGCCCUUGGAUUAAGUGCUAAUGGACCUUUAAAUCUCGAAGAUGUUAAAACCGCAUAUCGAUCUUGUGCGUUGAAAUGGCACCCCGAUCACCAUCGGGGCUUUUCUAAGGCAUUUGCAGAGGAAAAGUUCAAGAUAUGCAAUGCUGCUUAUCAAUCUUUAUGUGAUAAGUUGUCCUCAAGCUAA